UGAUGGACAGGAAGGAACACUAUUGACUCAAAAUGAUGAUCGGCAGAUGAUACUCCUGACAGUUCUGACUGCGGGCGCUGGUGUAGUCGGUCAAGCGCAGUGUAAAUGGUGUUGCAGUGCAAAUCAGUGCAAAUCCAGCAAUUUAUCUAGCUGUCGUUUACGUUGACCGUCGUAGCCGUCAGAGUCAGUGGUCGCAGGAAGAUGGGAAAAUGUAUUUGAAACGUACAUCGAAGCUGCUGGAUCUCACAGUGUCGCGUACUACCGCGGAUGUGCAUCUGCGCGAUUUAACGUGCCCGAUAUGUCGCGGCAUUCUGAUCGAACCAGUGACGCUGCCGUGCACACAUAACCUCUGUCUACGCUGCCUGCAGGGUACAUUCGAGCACAACAGCCUGACCUGCCCACUUUGCCGGGUCCGGGUGGGUUCCUGGCUGCGCACCGCCACCAAGUCUGAGACUUUGGUGAACCACGGCCUUUGGCAGCUGAUUAGGUCCAAGUUCCCGAAGGAGGUCGAGAACAAGCACAAUGGCGAGGAGGGGGAUCUCGGCUUGGACGCUGAUUAUGCGGCAAAUAGAAUACUCAGUGCAGCUGGAGAGAUACACCGGGAAUACAAGGCUCAACUUCAAAUGGCCCAGGAAGAGAUGCGUCGUGAGAGGCAAGCUGAACAAAUGGCCAGUGAAGCAUUGAUUCAGAAGAUUCAGGCAGAGGAUCAGCUGCUGUUGGCACAGUUGGCGCAGGAUCAAUUGCUAGCUAAGAGUCUGGCAAAGCAGCAACAGAAGGAAGCUACAAAAUGUUAUAACGAAUGCUUGACCACAUCAGUGCCGAGUUAUGUUUUUAACGAGUCCAAGUUUAACUAUACAGCUAUACGUGUAAAUAAUACCGAAGCACCACGAACCGAAACUGCAUGCUUAGAAGGCAGGCAUAUGGGUCUUCCUGAGUCUGUCAAGGACAACUCAAAAACAAGACAAAUGAAUGCAUUGUUAUCCAAGAUGGGAAUGUAUUCCAAUGUAUGCGGCUCUAAGGAAAUAAACGUGUCCAGCACGCAUAAAAAUCCGCCUACAUAUUGUUGCCAGAAACAAUUACCCGUUUAUAACGCUGUUGCGAAGAAACAUCAAACAGUAUCAAAGUUUACCCAACCUAGCACUUCAAAUUAUUCCACUGAUCCCGGAUGCUCCACGUCCAGGGCUUACGCGAUAGAGACUAAGGAAGAGUUACGAAUACCGAGCGAUGUAGUGAACAACAAGAAGAAGAGUCUCGGGAUAGAGGUGUGCAUGACGCUGACCGACGAUGACGAGAGGAUAGGUAGCGCCGAAAGCUCUGGCAGUCACGAUAGUAUAAAUCAAGAAAUCCAUCAUUUCAAACCGAUUAAGACAGCGCCAAGGACGAAAUUGCAAAUUUCUUCAGAUGGAAAACAGAUUGAUCCGAAGUUGAUUAGGGUGAUCCCUAUUUUAAAGAAAGUAUCUAACGCAGAGCCAACAGCUCCAUCGUUGACACACGUGAAACGUAUUGGAUGCUCUUGGAGCGCCUUCAGAGGUAAAAUAAAACAGGACGUAAAGGAGAAACACGCAGUGCACAAUCUGAAGGAUAAUACGUCGAGGACAUCGAUUGAUCAGAAACCAUCGACGUCAUUCGUUCAUUCCCAAACAAUUUCGAAUAAGUCAAUGACGAAGCCUCAGACAAAUGAUGCUAUCCGUCGACUUGAUUUUAUACCCGAAUCGUCGUUUGAUAGCAAUAAAAAUUAUACGAAGAAUGCAAAUAAAAUAAUUAAUGGUACUAAAGUGAGCAAGAAGUCAGAUGAUGAGGAAUGGGACGCGAGGAAAACACGCAAGUCCUGGAGACCGAUCAUGCAAAAUGGUAUGGUAACGAAAUCUAAUCGGUAUAAAAAUUUGCGGAGCAGCAGGAAAGAAAGCAGACUUACUGUGAAUGUGAUAGACGAAGAGGAGGACGAUCCAACGAGCUCCAAUCCGACAUUUAAUAAAACAAGUUCGCAAGAUGACAAGCGGGAUGACGAUGAUAAUGUAGCCGUCGAAAAUAUAGCCGAACGAAUUAAAAGGAGAAAAGAAAACAUAGACAUAAAGAUGUCGGAGUCAGAAAUGGAAUCUACUGCGUCUAAAAGAAGCAGAAUAGCAACGAAGAAGAAAGCCUUACCUGAGAGGAUAGACGAGAACCAAGUCACGUUCUCGACAUCUCAAGAUAGUACGGAGACCGACGAAAAUUUCACGGGGAGGACGAAACGGCGAAAAAUGAGCAAAAGGAAGUCCACGCGUAACUCAACGAGGACCUCCUCCAUGGCAGGUGAAUCGGACGGUGCGUGUAACAAGAAUAAUAGUAAGUUCAAUUACGACUCGCCGCCGGAGUCUUGCGACGAAAUAGAAUGUGUCUCGGAAAGCGAACGUCCCAUGGACAAGCUCUCGGAUGAGGAAUUGAUCGAGGAACAGCAGCGAAUCGAGCGAAUGCUGUUGCAAGAGCGGGCGGAUUUCGAACUGGCACGUCGUUUGCAGGCCGAGUACGACGAAAUGGAGCAAAUAGCCGGACGUACCCGACGCUCGAGAAGGGCCAUCGAGAGUGAGAGAAGCGUCAACGUGAACGCGCGUGAAAUCAACACGGCGAGGACUGUCCGUAGGACGAGCGGUGCGCGCAAGACGGUAAAACGAAAUUCGGCUGUCAGUACCGCGACUAAGGGAAAACGUGGCAGGCCAAAACGCAUAAAAAUCACGGUUGAUGCACGUGAAGACGAGACUCGCACGCGAUAAUCAUGUCGCGGCGCGUGAGAACCCUCCACAAUUGGAUGUUCCUAUAAGCCAUACGUUUGACGAAAGAAGAUUCGAAAGAAAAGCCGCAACUUUUGUAUAGUGUCUUGUGUAUUUUUUAACAAAUCAUUUGCGUCGUAUCGAAUAUGUACCUGGAUACAUUGCGAGAGUAUGUACGGAAACGGUUUGGAUCUUCAGAUUAUUGUAACAUCGUUUUCGGUGUUCAUACGAUGGAACGUGCCGUUUUUGUUCCUAAUACAUCGAUUGUGUGCGUUUUUUAAAAUAAUGAUGAGAAACGCGGCUUGUGCUCACGUACAGCGUGCCCUGAAACGCCCGGCCUAAAUUUUAACAAAUCUUGACAGGCAGAUUUUUUUCAGUGAGAAGAAUUUUUUAAGAUUAAGGUUGGAGUUUCUUCGGGACACCUCGUAUCUAUAUUUUUAUUAGUCUUUGAAAGAGUAAAAUAUCGCAUUAAUCAAAACGAAGAGUGACAAUAUUUGAGCGAGACGUUGUUACAUUUUUGGAGACUAAAGGUAUCAAGUGCACGUUCUGAUGGCGAGAGAUGUGCUAGAUGGAAACUGUAGUUUUGUACAGUGAUUACACUUAUUUUUUAAGAGAGCUUGUCCAUUUAAAUAGAUUUAAGUGGCUACUCAUUACAGCAAUCCUACAAUAUUAGGUAUACGCAAGUUAAUUAGCUUUUUUGAAAGUUCGAUUAUGUGCUGACAGCUGGUCUUUGGUUCCUUCGCUUUCAGCAGAGCGCUAAAUCAUGUAGUGAUAAUCAUCGCGUGGCGUGUCGCUUGUUAUGCGAUUUCUAGCAGAAACUUUCGACAGAGAAUUGCUUUAUUGCGAAAUAUGUAUAUUUAUAUUUCUAUAUGCCGUUCCCGUGAAAAUUAGUCAAAAUCAAAAGAGGAUUAAUCGAGCUUAUACUUCUUUUUAUGCAUGAAAAUAGAAAGAGACAAAAGUAUCAUUUAAAACUCAAUUAAAACUAACGUUCACGGGAAGGAUCAUCUUAAUAUGUAAAGUUUAUUAUGUCACAUUUAUACACCGGUACUAUCGGUAAGACAAAUUAUAAUGAAUAAUCGUGUAUAUUGCGUUGAAAGAAAGAUUACUGAGCCGAUAUUCAAGAGCGUCUUAUUAUUUAAUAAGAGUGUCUUAAGUCUUAAGAUGUUACAAGCCAAGCAUGAGGCAUAUUAGCACCUUAAGACGAUAUUACUUAAGAUGAUCUUAAAAUAAAAACAAAUUGGGAAUAUACCGGUCUAUAUUCUCUAAAACUUUUAGAGUGAAUUUCACUCUGAAGAGAAAUCUCACUCUUAAAGAAUUUGAGCCACGCUUUUUCAAGCUCAAUUUUCACUCUUUAGAGUGAGAUUUCAUUUCAAAGAAUUUAGAGAAUAUGUUUGAUAAGAUCCACUUGAUUAUCGGUAAUCGUCUAUCAGCCUCGACGGCCUUGAUUAUCAUACUGCAAUCGAAUUAAUUGUUAUAAAUUAAACGUUAUAUUAAGAGAAGAUUUAUACACUUUGCGUGAUCAUGUGGCGGACUUAACUCGAUGGGCGUAGAAGCUAAUUGUCAAGAAACAUACUUUGUGAGCUAUAGUUUUUUCGCAGUUUACAGCUCCAUUUUUGGUAAGCUCGAAUUCUCUCUCGCCUUUAUAGACACUGAUACACAUUCAUAUUUUGCACGUAUUUCUUUAAACAAAUUUUUUAUGGGAAUAAGUUCGCGUCCACGUCUUUCGCACUCCUAUCACUUGUGAUACAGUAUUUUAUUCAAAAUUCGUCCUUAGGUCUUUAUUAUAUAGUGGUUAUUACUAUAGUAUUUUAUGUAAAAAGCUGUCGCAGAUGCGCUCACAUUUUAUAAUAAUUAAUAAUGAGUACUUCCAAUGGAUGAAUCAUAAAACCUGUUCUCUCUAAUUAAACUUCUUGUCGAUUUGUCGUUUCUCUUUUCUUUUCGUAUUGGAGAGAAAAAUAGAAAAGAUGAAUGUGCAAGAAGUUUAGCUAGAAAGAGAAACAGAUCUAUAAUUUAAUGCAUUCUGGGGGCUAGCGCAAUUUUUUUCUCGUCAAUAUUUAUAUUUAGGGAUAAUAUUGACUUUAUUAAAAAAAAACUCUCUGUUGAAAUAAUCUGUUCACUACAUCAUGUUGUAAGCGACAAAAUCAUUAUUCUUACGGUAAAUUAAAACGAAAAUACUCUUGGUGCAACGCAGCUAUUAUCCCCUCCCUUAGUGUCGCGACAGAAGAGAAAGAUUCUUUGCCAAACGUUUUAAAUCCAGAAGGUUUUUUUUUAAUGUCCAUAUUAAGUAGAAGGUAUUCAUAUAGAAGCAUGGAAAGGAUAAAUGAAAAAGGGGAGACAUUCGGAUACCUAUGUCGGAAACAAUUUUAAUGAGCUGGGUAUUUUUUCUGCUAGAGCAUCUAGAAAAAAAUAAAAGAGUCGAUCUUUCAUUCCGAGCUAUUCUAUGACAAAUCUGAAAUUUUUUAAAUUCAAAGAGGCUUCCGAAAGUUUCCUCGUUAGUGCGGGAUAAACGGGAGCUAACAAAAGGUACGAAACGAUUGUGGUGAAAAGAAGGAUGUUUUUAUUAUUCCUGCUACUAACCUUCCAUACUUUUUUCUAUUCUGAUUUUAUUUAAACGCAACGUAUAUAUUUGCCAUUAAAAUAAUGCACGAAAUGUUUGUUGUCUUCUGCAUGCCGCAGGAAUAGUCUUUCAACUGUCUUGUUUUCUCUUUAUGUGAAUUUUAAAUAUGAGAAUAUAUAUACGGCACUCGUGUAUCGUGAAUACGUUUGAUAAAUAAUUUGUGUAAUAAGUAAUCGCGAGGAGAUAAAAUAAAAUCGGUUAAUAUCGUUAGAGAAUCGCACGACUACAUUAUAUGAAAUAAUCUAACAACAAUAUAUAGUGUAAAAAAAGCGCAUGGAAUUUAUGAAAUAAAUCAUAGAGAAUGUAUAGAAAAGAUAUUUAGUUAUAGAGCGACAGAAUAAUGUCAACUAUUACGUAUUGAUAACAAAUAAGUAGGGCAUCGAGAAAGAGAAAAAGAGAUUAAAGCGAGCGUAAUCUAUAAUUCCGAAUAAACAAACGGAAACACUCAUUAUGAAUUUUUAGGGAGAGUCAUUUUUAUAUUAUGUCAUAUGGUUUUGCGCAAUAGAAGAUGUAGCAAGAGUAACGGAAGCCUUCGAGAAAUAAUGGGCCGUUUUUCUCUUGAUACGUUUUAUAUGUGAAAACGAAUAAAUGACUGUAACUAUUCUAAGAGUA